AUGAGAGUGAUAUGGGCGAGAAGAAAUGAUGUCUUACAUGGGAAAAUUUUUAAACACCCUCAAGAAGUCAUUGGCCAGGCCAGGGCAGAAUUGUCUCUGCAUGAAGAGGCUUUCCAGAAGGAGGUUGAUGCUAACUAUGAGAACAUGGCAAGAGUUCACAGAUGGACAAAGCCUGUAGUAGGUGGUUUUAAAGUGAAUUGGGAUGCAGCUGUGCAAUCGAGGCUAGGAAAGAUUGGCAUUGGUGUCCUAAUAAGAGAUCAUCAAGGGCUGGUGAUAGGUGCAUUUCGUGCUAACAGACCUUUGAGAGGCAGUGCCUUUGAUGCUGAAGCAUAUGGGCUUGUUUUGGCAUGUGUUUUUUGUAUGGAAAUUGGAAUAAGGCAAUUCUAUUUGGAGGGAGAUUCAAAACAGGUCGUGGACCAAGUGAUCCAAGGUUGUCCUAACUGGAGCUUAGGUGGUUGCCUCAUAUCAGAUGCCAAAGCUGUUCUAAUCCCAGCUGCUGAUUGGUCUAUCUCUCAUGUAUAUCGGGAGGCUAACAUGGCAGCUCAAAAGCUUGCCCAAGCGGCCCUUGAAUGCACUGAAGAUCUUUAUGACAUCGAAAUAUGCCCCCCUUGUAUCCUUCAGGUGGUUGCUGAGGAAAUGAGGCAUUGA